UUUGAAAGGUUUUUAAUUCCAGAUACUCCAUUACAACUAAUUAACCUUUCUAAUAUUAUAAAAAUUAUACUUAAUCUAAAGUAUCAUGUUAUUAAACUUCAUUGCCUUGUAGAAUCCAAUUGUCAAAAAGAUUUUAAGCGUGGUGGUAUACAACAUAUUGAUGAUUCUGCUGUGUUUUCGUCAGAUAAAUAA